AGUUCUACAUUGACAGUAAUGACGGAACUCUAUGGACUUUAUCCACUCUGGACUACGAAAAACAAGAAUUUUUCAACAUGACAGUGAUCGCCUACGAUCAAGGCGUCCCUAGCCUCAGUUCCACGGCCAAGCUCUGGAUCACUGUCUCGGACACAAACGACAUCGUUCCGGAGUUUCCCAAGUCUGUAUACACGCUAGAAGUGGCCGAAAGCACCAAACCGGGAGAAUCUAUCUUUCAAAUAAACGCAGGCACCGGACCUUUCCGAUACUACCUUAAGAAUAAAGACGAAAUUGACACUUUUAUUAUCGAGGAGCUGUCCGGCCAUAUCGUGCUAACAAAGCCACUGGACAGUGUCCACCGUAGUCACUACAAACUAGAAGUCAUCUCUUCAGACGAUGCCAAUCCUCCGAAAUCCGAUAGCACAGAG